AUGGCCGACACCGAGCCCGAUUACUCCAGCGACAGCUCGAUCCCGGGCUACUCUCGCAUCCCGCGCCGGUCGUUGGGCGACACUAAUUCCCAUCUCUCCAAAAGGGAGCGCGAGCUCAGAGCCAUGAUCGACAGUCUCCCCGGAAAGCCCGUCUACGGGCCAGACGAGGUGCCUGAGAUCUUGUACACGACCAGGUUCUUUGACAACAAUAACCGUUAUGUUGAAUGCCGUCUCGUCCUCGAAAUCAAGACCGACCUCCACCCCCACGGCAGACACGGCGGCAUCCGCGGCGGGGGCGGCUACCUUCCCCCUCUUCUUCCCCUUCCCGACCCCAACAAGUUUCCCCACGAAGCCAUGUCCGGCCGCACCGUCAUGCAUAUCCACUCGCACUAUCUGCGCUGCGCCCUCGCUGCCGUCGCGACCUACUACCCCGGUUUCGAAUCCAUCCUGCACUCGGGCAAGAUCGAACCGCCCUACCGAGUGCUCGUGCACCUGUGGAAAGACUUGGAAGCGUACCGCGACAACCAGCCUGCGUGUCACGAUGAAGACUGGCGUGCCACCACCGCACGACACAUCGACGUUCUGCUCGGAUUCUUGCGGGAACAGUAUGCAGAUGCCCUAGAACUGGAGCGCAAGAGUCGCUGGGAGAACCCCUCCGGCGAACCAACCGCCACGUGGGACAUGUUCUGGGUGCUGUUGGCCCCCGGCACCGUCGUGUAUGUCAACAAUGAGCGCGACGGGAGGAUGUUAAUGCCCGGUGUGGUGCACGAGGUGAAGUAUCGCGAGUCGUGGACGGGUCACGGUGGUUUGUAUGAGGUGUGGGUGUGGAAUGUGAGGUGGAAAAUGGGGCGGUUGAGAAGGAGCUGUGUGCCGGUGCAUGUGGAGGCUUGGAAUGGGGAGCGGCCGAUUCGGUCGUUGCCGGUUAUUCCGGAGAGGUUUGUGCCGGGAGGGCCGGAGGAUGUUAGAAGGAAGAUGGUGAGGUUGGGGGAGAUGUUUUGGGAGUUGGCGAAGCAGCCGACUUACAAGGAAUACGAUAGACCGGUUUGGUGGAGGCGUGGGCGGGCAACGAGGGGCCCAUACUCUCCUCCAUAUCCUUAUGACUCCGACGACGACGACAACAGCCCGUACAGACGACGCACCUCUUCCGGUAGGCAUUCUGGCGACAUGCGAAUUGCCGCCAGGCGAGCUGCCCUUCCCGAGUUGCAGGCCUCUUGCCCCUGUUUGGCGUGCAUCCUGGCGGGCGUCAAACCUGGUCCAAGCCCCUGGGACGGGUUUGAGAGCCGCGAUCCGAAGACGGAAGAGCUGCCGGCGAAUAGAGAGCUGUAUUUGAUGUUGAUUAGCCCCUUUAUCCCUGCGUUUUUGUUGGGCUUUCGGCGAUGGGGGUAUGUCAAUGUCUCCCACAUCCGUCCUGUCGUCCCUAACCCCUCCAUCUUCGACUCCCUCAUUCUCCCCGCCGAAAUCAAGGCCACUGCCUCGGCCGCAUCUUCCUUCUGCACGGCCCCCCCAGGCGUCGGGAAAACCUGCACAGCCGAAUGCGCCGCCGAACUAACCCACCGCCCGCUACUCGCACUUACAGCCGGCGAUCUGCACAACGUCGACUGGAAGGGGGAUGUCGAAGCCGCGCUGCACUACUUCCUCCAUCUUGGCGAGAGGUUCGGCGCGCUGGUGCUGCUCGACGAGGCGGAUGUGUAUCUGGAGCGGCGCAGCUCGGGGAGUGAGGAUUUGAAGCGCAAUGAGAUGGUUAGUGUGUUCCUGAGGGAGAUGGAGUAUUUUAAGGGGGUGUUGUUCCUCACAACGAAUCGGGUCGAGGUGUUUGAUGAAGCGUUGGUGAGUCGCGUGCAUGUGGCGUUAAGGUAUGAGGAGUUAGGGGUUGAGGAGAGGGCGAAGGUUUGGGAGGGAGGAUUUGGGAGGCUGGAACGUGAGACAUCCGCCGAGUCGCCCUACCGAUACAUUGCCCCUCCUUCAACCCGGUCCUACGUCACCUCCGACCCAGAGGUGCGCGCUGCUGCCGCUGCUGCUGAGGGCAAGCAAGCUGCUUCUGGCGAGAACCAGACAAGCCAGCUUGCCGCAGUGGACGGCGAGAAGAGUGAAGAGAAAGAAAAGAAGGAACCCCUAACGGUGGUAAUCAAGCCAGAGCACAUCCGUGCUGUGGUGAGGAUGACCAGGGGGUUCAAGGAGUUCAUGCAGGGGAUUCGGGAACGGCAGUGGUAA